AUGGGUUCUUCCAACUACAACCACCUCGAAGAUGAGGUGACCUUCGGUGCGACCGUCGACACACCCACCAAGUCUCAGCAAAACCACCUCGCACCCAAUGUUUUCGACACUCCCAAGUCGCUCAGCCCCGUCGUGACCGUCGACUCGCCAUCAACACCCGAAGCAGAGCGCUUGACCCCAUUCUACGCCUCCCCUUCUGCCGACAUCUCUCGCCAAACACUACCUCCUACUGCCCUCGACAACGACCUCGAGGCUGCCCGCAAAGAGGGCUACUUCAUCACAUCAAACCCCGUCGCUUCAGAUCUCAACCUUCCCUCCGGCAUGGCUCCCGUAUCAGCCGUCCCCACCGGUUCCAGAUUGAGCUUUGAUGGCCGCACCAAGGAGUGCACAAUGUGGCCCACCAAGCAGACCCUUCGCAACCAAGACAAGGCCGAGAGAGCUAAGCGCAGAGCAGCCAGAGCCUGUGGUUGCAGCAGCAUCCACGCCUGGUGGUGCAGCAUCAGCAAGAAACAGAGACUGUGGUUCAAGAUCCUCCUUGCUGCCUUCCUGGUUGCCAUCGCCUGUGGUCUCGGCAUCGGUAUCAGCAAGGCCGUUGGUGCUGGUGUCUUUGCUGGCAAGGGUCAAACCAAGCCCAUCGCCAACGCAUAG